AUGAAGACAUAUAUGGAGUUCCAGCCGCUGUCCCAGACCAUCGAAGGUCUCAGCAGCAUCUUUAUGUCGAACGACGGGUCGCAACACCCCGAAGCACAAGAUAUACUACCUGCCCUCCGCAGCAAUACCAGAAAAUUCCCCUACAAGAGGUCAGGAGUCUUUUCGAAGAUCGAUGAUGCCAGGUUAUCCCUCUUCAAAGGGGUUGAUCAGCUCACCGCUUCCAUAUCCAACAAUCCCGACAUGCAGUUCUUCCGACAAAAUGGAAUGGCUCCUGAUGAGAGGACCGUUGAUUGGAGUCAACUGACUGUCCGACUCGUGAAGGAAAAUUCUGUCGAUGCGCCUUCCAAUCUUGAGGAGCUUCGGCCAAGGCGCAUGGAGGAUCUGACCAGCGGGCUUGAUGAAGAGGACGAAAAGGGGACUGCAGACGACGAGAAGUCGGAACUGCCAUCAGAGCAAGAAAUGAGCUAUCUGACGUAUUAG